UUUUGUUUUAGCUGUUGGCAACAACGAGCUGCAAUUUUCUCAAUGAGUGGGCAUCCAACUUGAGACUUGCGUUCCGCGCCAGCUUGUGUUACGUCUUUUGCUUUCACUUCAAGCUGUAAAGAUGAGCGCCGAUUUCUUGUGGAGCCUCAAGAAUGGCGACCUCGAACAGGUCAAGGAUUGCGUCGAGCAAAAGGGCUUGGAUGUGAAUGCCUCCAUUGAUGGCAGACCUCCGCUACAUCAUGCAGCCGACUAUGGUCAAGCUGACGUCCUCAGAUACUUGAUAGACAAGGGUGCCGACGUGAAUGCUAAGGACAAGUAUGGAAUUUCAGCUUUGCUAGCAGCUAUAUGGGAAGGCCACACUGCCUGUGUCAAGCUCAUGGUGGAGAAGGGUGCCUCAAAGGAUGGCAGGACACCCGAGGGCCAGACUUACCUGGAAGCUGCCGAGAAACAGGAGAUCAGGGAUCUGCUUCACUGAUGCCGCUUCUUGAGAACUUUUGUGAGAAGGGAGGGCAGUGACCCUACACUUUCACUCCAGCCCUUUCACGUUGUGUCAGUGUUCACAUGGCCAGUGCGCAUUGCCCGAAUGUGAGGGGUUAAAUAUUUAUAGUGACAACUCUAUAGCUUAUGUUUUGUUAUUCAGUAGGUAUAAUGUUUGCAUUUGCUUUUCUUUUUUUUUUCGUACUGGUCAUGCCUUUUCUUUUUUUUUUUUUUAAUUCUGUUUUGAGGUUAAAACCGCACCUUCGCACUUGUUUUUCUCCCUUUUUUUUUCCGCUUCUCAAUUGAACAUUGUGAAGUCUCCACUUCCCCACAUAGCAUUUUUUUUAUUUAUUGUUUUUGUUUGCACUUUCAUUGUAUUUUAUAGAAUUCGAGCCGAAGCACCUUAGUUUUUCAGGAGUAAAGUGCCUUACAAGAACGAAACACAACACUGGUCGCAGGGUUCUGGAAGACAGACUAGAAAACAAAAGAAAAACGCUGCACUGUUGUCACGUGACAUGCGACACACAUUUGAGUGACUCAAUUGCGAUGUUUUAGUCAAUCCUGCCAUUUAUUCUUCCCCUUGCAUUCAAAGUUGUACUCUCUUUCUCUGUUAAUUUGAAUCCUGCCAUCCGAAAUGCUUCACAUCUUAUUUAAGCUUUGUUGCUUAGAGUAUAUGGAGAAACGUCUUUCCUCACUUCACCUUUGAAGUAUGAUGAAGGGUAUGUGAUAUCUUGACAUUACCUUUAGCCCUAAGGAUACAGUCACGUUUAGCUAGUUCAGCCAUUAAAGCCUUCCUUGUUGCGGUAUCGUAGCUGCCAUUGCUUGUGUCUCAGCAAUAUGUUCUCGAACUUUACAUGCUGCCAGUCAUUGCACCACACUCUUUCUUGCAAUAACAACUAAGUGUAUGCAAUUUACAAUUCUAACAAAAACUGGAAGGCAACAGCUGUGACUCUUUUAACUUACAGAACACAUUCUGGCAUGCUUUGGUGGCUUUCCACUUUGUUGCAUAUUGCAUGUUUGAAUGUAGAAUUUUGUCAUCACUCAGGUCAUGCUACACAAGAUUGAAACUAUCCCAGUGCAAACUGUCGUAAUACCUAUUUAAAGAUACAUAUGCCCGAAAUACGAAUGUAUCCCUUUCAACCUGACAAGCAUUGCAUAGACUGGUGUGUAAAAUCGUACAGUGGUCAAUAUCUGUCUCAGAUUGCCCAAAUGUGUGUAUAUAGAAGAGUGUUCGCCAUUUAUUUUAUUUUCGAACCUUUGGAACAUCAUUCUAGUACUUGGAUGUAAGGUUGUGUGCGCAACGUUAUGUACACACUUCUUCGGUGCAAGGUGUGUGCACUUUCCCAAAGAAUGAAGCUUUAUAGGAGAUUUUGUGCGCUUCUUGCAUUUCUUGAAAGUUGUAACAUCUGUCCAUUUACAAAUAGUUCUCUUCUGCCAUUCUAUACUUAAGCCACCAAUCAGUUAAGGGUAGUCACUUCUUGCUGUGUUGUAUUUCUUAGAACCGUGGGAAGGAUUAUGGUGGCCCCUUACUGAUGUUGUUGCAUUGCAGUAUCUAUUGAUGUCCUAUUUUGCUGUCAUUGUGUGGAAUAAACGUGCAAGCUUCAAAGAACAA